CCUCGGCAGCAAUCCGGCUCCUCGGUGCCGUGCCAGCGCUCGUCGUCCUCCGCCAUCUACAUGAACCUCGCGUCCCACAUGCAGCCGGGCUCGGUGGCCCGCGUCUCCUCGCCUCUCCCCAGCCCCAGCGCUCUCUCCGACGCCGCCAAUUCCCAGGCCGCCGCCAAGCUGGCGCUCCGGAAGCAGCUGGAGAAGACGCUCCUGGAGAUUCCGCCCCCGAAGCCGCCGGCGCCGCUGCUGCACUUCCUGCCCAGCGCGGCCAACAGCGAGUUCAUCUACAUGGUGGGGCUGGAGGAGGUGGUGCAGAGCGUCAUCGACAGCCAAGGGAAGAGCGCGCCGGCGGUGCCGCGCGUGGAGCCCUUCGUGUGCGCGCAGUGCCGCACGGAUUUCACGCCGCACUGGAAGCAGGAGAAGGGCGGGCGCAUCCUGUGCGAGCAGUGCCAGACCUCCAACCAGAAGAAAGCGCUCAAGGCCGAGCACACGAAUCGCCUCAAGAACGCCUUCGUCAAAGCGCUGCAGCAGGAGCAGGAGAUCGAGCAGCGGCUGCAGCAGCAGGCUGCCCUGUCCCCCACGGCCGCGCCCGCCGUGCCCAGCGUCGGGAAACAGGACGGGAUCCUGCGGCACCACACGCUCCGGCAGGCGCCGCAGCCCCAGAGCAGCCUCCAGCGCGGAAUUCCCACCUCCGCCCGCUCCAUGCUCUCCAACUUCGCCCAGGCCCCGCAGCUCUCCGUGGCCGGAGGGCUCCUGGGAAUGCCAGGAGUGAACAUCGCCUACCUGAACGCCGGCAUCGGGGGCCACAAAGCGUCGAGCCUGGCGGACCGGCAGCGGGAAUAUCUGCUGGAUAUGAUCCCGCCCCGCUCCAUAUCCCAGUCCAUCAGCGGACAGAAAUAACCCCGGCUGCCCCCACGCCCGCGCCGGGCCCGCGCCUCCGCCCCCGGGGAGAAAAACAAACGGAAAAAAAAAACACAAAACAAAACAAAAAAAAACCCCAACGCAGAACAGACAGAACGAAACAUUUCAAACGGCGACCUGUCCCGUUCCCAGCCCGAAAUUCCUGCGGUUUUCCAGGCCGGGAGUCGCAGCCCCGGCGCCGCCGCUCGUUUUUGUAACGCCGCCGCUUCCUCCUCGUGUUGUGGGUUGGUUUGUUGGUUUUUUAAUUUUUUUUUUUUUUUUUUUUUGGCCCCCCCACCCCCCCUUUUUUUUUUCCCCUGGAUUUUUUCCCCCCUCUCCCUCCCCUCCCUUGGCUCCGUGGAUGGUUAAAGCUUUCUUCUCCCUUUUCCAGAGACUUUGGCAAAGGCACCUUCCCCAAUUCCCUGGGAGGGAGGAUUUUUGGAGGGGUGAGGGGGAGCCUGUGCUGAUUCCAGG